AUGGAAGAGCCAGAGUCAAAUUUAUUCCAGACUCGCAAAUCGUACAGAGUUGAACAAAUAGUGACAAAAUGGCUUCGUCGCUCAAGAGACCAUUCACAUCGGCGCAGAUCUUCAGGUGAUGACACUUCGUCUAGCAUCAGCUUUUCUAAUGUACCUGUGAGACUGAGAGUUGAGAUCAAUAAAGAUCUGCAGCUCAGCCAUCAUGGAUUUGACAUCUCAGACCACGCACCCCUCAUUGUCACAUCUGUAACGGCAGGGGGUCCUGCAGAUGGAAAACUGUUACCUGGAGAUCAGAUAGUGAAGAUCAAUGCCGGCCUUGUCGAGAGCAUCUCCUGUGAAGAAGCAGCUAAUAUUUUCAGGGACUCCGAGGACUCCAUUUUUCUCACUGUACUUAGAAACAGCUCAGGACCCAAAUCAUCUUUUCUUACUGCAGAGAAGAGAGCCAGACUGCGAAGUAACCCAGUGAAAGUCCGAUUUGCAGAGGAAGUACUUGUGAACGGGCAUACCCAGGGAAAUUCGCUACUUUUCCUGCCCAAUGUACUCAAGGUGUACCUGGAAAAUGGACAAACAAAAGCUUUCAAGUUUGAGAAUAAAACAACUGUCAAGGAUAUCAUCUUAACUCUGAAGGAAAAGCUGUCCAUUCAGUGCAUUGACCAUUUUGCCCUAGCACUAGAAGAGCAGUAUAAUAUAUCUAAGCUGUACCUUCUGCAUGAAGAUGAACUAAUUGAACAGGUGGUCCGAAAGAGAGAAUCACAUGAUUACCGCUGUUUGUUCCGAGUAUGCUUUGUCCCUAAAGAUCCCUUCAUUCUUCUUCAAGAGGAUCCAGUUGCAUUUGAGUAUCUGUACCUGCAGAGCUGCAGUGAUGUUCUGCAGGAGAGAUUUGCUACUGAAAUGAAAUGUGGUAUAGCUUUACGAUUGGCGGCUCUGCACAUUCAAGAACGGAUCUUCACUUGUGCUCAUCCACAAAAAAUCUCCUUCAAAUACAUUGAGAAAGACUGGGGAAUAGAAAAUUUUCUAUCACCUACUUUAUUGCGUAAUAUGAAGGGUAAAGAUAUUAAAAAGGCAAUUAGCUUUCACAUGAAGAGGAAUCAAAGUCUGUUGGAGCCGAGACAAAAGCACAUGGUAUCAGCUGCACAGGCUCGUCUGAGUUACCUGAAAAUACUAGGUGAUCUGAAAACAUAUGGUGGUAAAAUCUUUAAUGCAACCUUACUGUUGCAGGACAGAGAAUCAUAUAUAACACUGCUGGUUGGAGCCAAGUAUGGAGUCAGUCAGAUUAUAAACAACAAGCUUAACAUCACAGCCUCCUUGACAGAGUUUGCAAACAUCAGCAGAAUUGAGCUCACCCAGGAGUCUGAGAAAGUGAGCAUGGUCAAAAUCUACCUACAAGACAUUAAGUCUAUUACACUGUUACUGGAGUCUUAUAAUGCCAAAGAUCUUGCAUGUCUGAUUGCUGGAUACUACAAGCUGUUUGUUGAUGCAGGGGUUCCCAUAUUCAGAUGGCCUUACCUUAAGCAAAUGCAUCGUAUUUCAGCAGAAGAAGGCUAUGAGUCAAGAGCCUGCAGUGACUCUGAAGAGUCCUCAGAAAUCGAGACAUCUCUGGAGUUACUUUCUGACAUUCAUGUGCUCAGAAAUGGCAGAAUCAAGCCUUUGCAAGAAGAAGAAGAAAAAGAAGAAAAUGAAGAAGAGGUGGCUGACGAGACUGAAAAAGGCGGGGAAAAUAUUAAUUUGAGUGAAGAGAAAACUGAAGAUGACAAUACUGACAACAGCACAUCAGAGGUGUCUGACUAUGUGAAGACAGAAAGCAAAGGCUUUAAGCUAAGUUACUCCAGUGACUCCAUAGAUGCCUUGGAAGAAGACGAUCUUGAGGCCUGCUCCAUAAGUAGACCUGAAUUUCUUGAGCUCUACAUACCGGAACUAAAUGAAAUGGCAAGUGCAAACAAAGAUAUUUUCUCGACUACAGCUAGCGUAGUGCCUGCCACAGAAAACUGUGACAGUGGCCGCAGCUCAUUUUCCAGCCAUCUGCAGUGUCCUGAUAAAAUGGAUUCCACGCCUGAACAGUGUAAUGGAGACCCUGCAGAUCACGGUGAAGGAAAUGAUUUAUCUGACUUCACACUAGACUGCAGACUAUACGACAGUAAUACGAUGGAAUAUUACAGCCUGUGUGCAAACGUGACUCCUGAUAGCAGUGUGGAAAGAAACAUCCUUAGUAGCUCCGGAAGCUACUGUUCCCUGAGAAGUUUGCCUUCAGUAGUAGAACAAACAGAAAAAGGCACCAACACAAGUCAACAGGAAGCAGGUGGUCCCAUUUUGCAUCCUCCACCAGGGUUUGGUGACAGCAGUUCUGAGGAUGAAUUUUUUGAUGCGGCUGAUAGACUGAUCACUUCUGAAGUGCCAGCAGAAACUGAAAUGACAGCAGCCAAAACAGCUUUGAAAGAGAAUUAUAGCAGUGAUGAAGCUAUCCCAAGCCAUACGAAUGAAUCCAAGGAGUACAGUACCUGUAACUACAGCCUUACAAAAGAGAAGAAAAAGGACAAUCGAAGUGAUGGAGAGAGACAGAAGUUUAGCAAAAACCUGAGGAAGCGACGCUCUUUUGUGCAAACACACUACACUUCAUAUGUUACAUUUCCUAUAACCCCUGAGUCACCUGAUGGUACUGAUCAUCUGUGCUGUUAUGAAAAAGAGGCAUUUUCUACAGCAGUUCCCCAGGCUUCUGUUAUGCCAUGUCUAAACCAUUGUGAGAGUGAACAGCAGCACCUAGAACUGAAGUCAGUCAGCCAAAAUAAUCUCCCUCAAAUGACUUUCAGUAAGACUAUCUCAUCUAAUUUAAUGGAGAUGGAACCUGAUACAAUGGAAACCAAAUCAUUAGUGGAUUCACUGAUUGCAGUUUCUCCUGUAUCUGCCAUUCGUUAUAGGGGUGAUCCUGAAGGAAAAGAGCAAACAGAAAUGCAAAAUGAUAUUGGUCAUUGUUCCUACAGUGACAGCAGAGUCAUCAGUCCUGGUACAGUUGUCACUGAGGGACAUGCAACCAUUCAAAUGAUAGAGCCAUCACUAAUCACCCCAAAACAUAAUGGAAGUCACUCGUCCUGCUUUAUUCCUGAAUGUACACCUGAUACUGAUAAUGGUGCUGUGCUUUCUGCAGAAAAAAAUGAAAUGACAGACAUAAUUAAAAUGUCAGACACUGUGGGUACUGAGGGACAAAGAGAAAUGAUGGCCAACAACUUGCCACAAAAUAAUGAACACAGAGAAGAUGUAAACCUCUUCUCAGAAUCACCGUACAUGUACUUAGAAAGCUUGCCUUUGAAUAAGAUGGAAGCAGAAAAUGGAGGAUGUACUAAAAGCAAUGAUGAAAGGUUUGAACCAAAGCAUAUGCUCCUUAAUGAGCCUACUAAAUCAAGCACAGGGGAAACUACUAAAACAGGAAAUAAUCUUAUAGCAUAUAAAGAAAAAAGACACUGGACCCAAAAAGUAGUGCCAGCAAAAAAGGAGAAAGAAAAAUUUCUUGGAUUUUCUAGUGCUACAGGACUGCUUCUUAACUUUAAUGGCACAUCUGGUGUGAUAACUCGUCUGACUAUGUCAACAUUGAGAACAAAACUCCAGAAACUACCAUCAUAUUUGUCAAAAUCUUGUGAUACCAUCGCUCUGAGUGGUCCCAGUGAUAGAAUCAGCACACCUCAUGCAGAAGAACAGUCUUGCAGCUCCAUUAAAGAUACUUCAUCAACAGGGGAACAAACUUUAAGGGAAGCAGGCUCUUCAUCAGUGUAUGGAGUGAAUUACCGACUUCAGCAAACCCUUGCUGAUGACCAGUGUAUAACUGAUCAGUUCACUGUUAAUGACCAAGCUACAGGAAUGGAUGAAGGUGAAUCAGGUGAAACAUUUUAUAAAUUUCAUUCCCUGUAUAAAACCUCUAAGGUCAGAGAUUUGCAUGAAGAAGCUGCCGCUUUCUCACAACAGUUAGAAAAUCUGGCAAACUGUGCCAAUGAUCUAAGAGUUCCAUUAAAUGAGGACGAUGGCACAGAUGGCUCCCUGGGUGUUACAAAUGUUAAGGAUGCAUUCUUAGCAACAGCUGGGACUGACAGCUGCAGCUGUAAACUAAUGUAUGGUAAUUGCUUUAGUGGAGUAGACACUACAGUUGAUGAUGAAAAUAUUGACUCAGAACAAACAAGUACGUCUUCAUUGCCGUUGACCACACCUCCUUCCUCAGGGAGUUUACGAUCUGUAGAGAUAAACCCCUUUAAAGAUUCGCUGACUUCCACUGUGAUAGAAGAUUCUGAACAAACUACAGGUGAAGAUCUCACACUUCUUAGUUUAGCUGACCAGAUUGAUGCCCUUCAUCAGCUGAAAAGUCAAGUUUCACACAGACCCACAGGAUUCGUCUUGCUGCAAGAGUAUGCAAAUGAAUUGCACUCCGUACUGGAGCAGUUUCCUGGAAGCAAAGGGCAGCACCUAAAAGAGCAGUGUGCUGUGCUUUUUUCUGAGAAUAGAAGUAUACUGUGUACAGAGUCCCGCAAGUUGAUGACCAGUUGUCAGAAGGUCAUUAGAUCAGAGCAGCCUUCUGAAGAAAUGUUAACUGCAGUACAGGUGAGCUUCUGUAAUUUCAUCCAGCUGACUGAAAUCUGUUUCCAAUUCACAAGCUGCAUGCGCUGUAAAAAGAGGCACUUGGAUGUUGUUAGCAAUUUAAAGGACAUCUUGCUCACCUAUAAGGAGUUCAUCCAGGCUGCUGAGAAAGCUUGCGGAAGAAGUUACAGUGACCUGAGCAUUAAACUGUUGGCAAGACAAUGUACUGCACUCACUGCUGGACUGUUUUGCUUAACACAACUCUUUCGAACAGUCACACCACUCUAAAAACAAUAAUAUUCACCUGUGUUUGAUCAUACUGGGCUGUGCUAUAUUUCCACCAUGCAUGAACUGCUUUUUUGAUAUUUAAAAUGAUUAUUUUGCAUGACAGUUAUUUUUAUUUCACUCACAAUGGUUUUCCAUUUAAGGUUUUAAAUGCAGUAAUUAGCCUUGCAUUCAGGAUUCCACACUGUUGCAUAUGCUUGAGAGUAUAAAUAUAGCAAGGAUUACAGCAUUUCCAGAUCAUAUGCACAAUUCAAAUAAGAAUAUAUAUUGUAUAUUUAUGGUUAAGCCCGUUCAAAAUCAGCCACUGUAAUUCUGUGCUUAGGCUGCAUUGUCUGUUUCAUGAAAGAAAGUAGUAGCUUUCACAUAAAAAGGCAGUGAAUAAUAAGUUAAACACUUGGAUAAGGAUUUAUCCUUAAAAUAAGGCAGACAUGUCAGUCAUUCCAUUCACUACAGAGAAUAAAAAGAGCUGGGAUGUCCGUGUG